UUUUAAUGAAAAACGAUACAUUGCAUAAGCUAUAAAAUUUUUUCGGUUUCCAUGGGAUAAGACAAUAUACUUUGAGAGCCAGCUUGGCUUCUUGGUCAAGCCAAUCCCAUAAGAAGGCAGUGCUUUAGCGGAUAGCGUUUCUCGGCCGUGUCUAUAUAUGCAGAUAGGAGGAUAGAUGCCAGAUAGGAGGAAGACGUGUCAGUAUAUUUUAUGGAAGAGGAAGGCGGCAAACGCUUAGAGAUAUUUGUCCUACAAUUUAAUGUGAUAGGUGGGAGUAUAUUCGAACCAUUCAAUGACAAGUUUUCGAAUUCCAAAAAUGCGACUGCCAGUGCACUUGAUCUCGAAAAGGAAGUUUCAUCAGCGGGUUGCAGCUGUGCUAAUCUUGCUGACUAUAUCGGGGACAACUAUCUUUUUCACGAAAUCUAAUGAGGCUGACCAACAGCAUUAUCAGCACUCAGAUUCAGAAUUACUGGGCAAAGGAAAGAUGCCCGACAAAAGCCGGGAUGAGCAAGACGAACUGGCUGCUCAAACGAGUAAAACAUUUGUUGAAAAAACUAAAACUAAAAUGAAUGACACGGCUGUUAGUUUACGCAACACCGCCUAUCCAGGAGUAAAAAUCUAUACUCAAUAUUUCAGGGCCCGCUCAGGCCUGGCGCCGUUGAAUAACGUGCAAUCACUCAAGCCCGAAUUCGGCCCGGUAAUUAAUGAUGUGCUUUCUUUCAAAUAUCCUAUCACCAUUCCACCAUGCGCCAGCGUUAGCGGCAAUCAAGGUGUUUUCAUAGCUGUCAUAUCGGCUCCUAAGAAUUUCAGGAGACGGGACAUGAUUCGCCGGACGUGGCCAGUCCAUUUGAAAUCUGCAUACUAUGACGGCCUAAUGAGUGCAGCACACUUGGCUUUCUUUGUGGGGCUAACGGAAGGCAAUUACGCACAAGCCCAAAUUAAGGAAGAAAGCGAAGUCCACAGAGACAUCAUCCAGGUGGAGAUGCUGGAUACCUACAGAAACUUGUCACUGAAAAUUGCUGGCCUUUUCAACUGGGUGAAUAGUAACUGCGCCAAUGUCAACUUCGUUUUCAAGGUGGACGACGAUGUGUACGUCAACGUACACAACUUAGCCUAUUUCGUUCAAUCCUAUCAUAAUUCGAAGAAGAGUAUAUUUGGGCACGGCUGGCCCAUAGCAUUUCCUGAUCGAGGCGGUAAAUGGAAAAUGGCGUAUACUGACUGGCCGUGGAAUCAGUAUCCCGAAUAUGUCAACGGCCCAGCUUAUUUACUGCACGGAAGUGCAGUCCUUCCGUUGUUGGCUGCCUGUCAGACAACGCCAAUGAUGCCGUUCGAGGACAUCUACAUAACCGGCUUGUGUGCGGAAAGAGCUAGCGUCAAGAGACGGUUUUCCACCGGCACAACCAGAUUCCUUUCUAGCCCCAAUAUGACGUCUAACGCAUGCAACGUGCGCAAUCAUAUUGCAUGGGUGACGGACAAUCAUUUAGAUUCCCAUAUCUUGGCUGACGACUUUUAUCGCAAUAUUACGCAAUGCGUUACCCAAUCCAACGGAAUCAAAAGGACACGUGACUACGCCGAACCCGUCCGGUUUCACUUUAAUUAACUCAAACACACGAGUGUACUAUACCGCUAAAUUUUAUUUCCUGUAACAUAAGAAAUCAUUCAAAUAUAUCCAUGUCUAUACAUA